CGGUCCUCUUGCACUUUAAGUUCGGAUGAAAGGCUGUUGUGUAACUUGGGUAAAAGAGGAGAGGCGGUUGAAUGGGGGACGGCUCGCAGUGACAGUUUGGAGAGGACUCGAACAGGCGUGUGCAGCCAUGGAGCUUCUAAUGCUGUCAGGAGGUGUUCUGGCUCUCCCUGUCCUCGCUCUCAUCACCUCCUUCCUGUUCUGGCCGGGAGUCCUCCUCAAGGCCUACAACUGGUACUGGCGCCGCAGGCUGGGGCUGGUGGUCCGCUACUCGCACAGUGCAAGCUACCGCUUCUGUUACAGCAGCCGCGGGACGCCAGGGGGCGCCACGCCAUCGCUGCUGCUGCUGCAUGGCUUCUCCGCCACCAAGGACAUGUGGCUACCAGUCGUCAAGCAUAUCCCUAGAGACCAGCAUGUAGUGUGUGUGGACAUGCCGGGACACGAGGGGACAAGUCGCACCGGCGCAGAGGACUACAGCAUUCAGGGCCAGGUCCGCCGAAUCCACAAGUUUGUGCAGAGUAUUGGUCUGGACAAAAGACCCUUCCACCUGGUCGGGGCAUCGAUGGGUGGGAACGUGGCCGGAGUGUACGCUGCCCAUUACCCUGCUUACCUGUCCAGUGUCACCUUGGUGUGUCCGGCAGGUCUGGUUUAUCCCACAGAAUCCGAGUUUAUCACUCGUCUGAGGAAGAUGGAGAACUCUGAGCAGGAGGUGUCGAUCCCUCUGAUCCCCUCCACUAUUCAGGAGCUGGAAGACAUGUUGAAACUCUGCUGCUACACCCCCCUCAACCUCCCCCGACAGGUACACAGCUGUGAAAUCGGCUUCAAAAAAAGGCUUCACACAACAAUAAUGUCUCCACGGGCUCUCCCCAUAGGAAACACUGGCAGAGCCAGUACAGAGCAGUUUUACCACAAGACCACGUUGUUCAUGGAGAUUAUCGGGGAGAAGUCUCGUCACUCGCUGCACAACUUGCAUCUGAUCACAUCACCAGUGCAGGUCAUCUGGGGACCGAGGACCCAGGUGGUGGACGUGUCGGGGGCGGCGGUGCUGCAGGCGGCGCUGCCAAACUGCCAGGUGGAGCUGUUGGACAACUGUGGUCACUCUGUGGCUUUGGAGAGGCCCAGGAAAGCCGCCAAGCUCAUUGUUGACUUCCUGUCUGCACAGGAAGUCACUGACGAGAGCACUAAGAAACUUUCCUGAAGAAGAAUGACCUCGUCUGUAAACGAUGAGGGACAUGAAGUUUAUUGUGGUGAUGAUUGAAGAAAUAUUCAAUAACAAAAAAAAAGCGUCACAGUCAAAUAUUCCUGAAGUCUUUGUUUUAGAUGUUAAUGUUGAAGGAAAACAUUCCACUUUGGGAUUUUGCACAUUUCUCUUUAAAACUGUAUUUUAGUCUCUUGUUUCAUGUGAGUGGCAGGUGUUUGAGUCUCCUGCUGUGAACUGACUGCAUAUGCACCCUCAUAAAAACACAGAAUAGAAAAAUGCACUGUACGUGAAUAAAGUUUGAUAAAUGAGGUGAGGUUUAAUAAUGUCAGCACAUGUACAAAGAGUAUUUUAGGACUACAGGAAUAAAUCUGAAGAUGAAAAUAGUUGUAUUGAUU